AUGCUACAUAAUAGAUAUGUUCAGUGUGCAUGCGUCAUCUGCAACAGCUUUUCUGCUCUUCACAGACUUUUGGAGAGGACAAUCAGGACUGCUGUGGAGCAACAUCUUUUUGAUGUUCUUGGUCCUGGAAGUCAAAGUUCAGAGGAAUCCGAGUCUGCCUCAUCCUCUUCUUCUUCUUCUUCUUCUUCUUCAUCCUCUUCUUCUUCAUCAUCAUCCUCUUCUUCUUCUUCAUCCUCAUCCUCUUCUUCUUCAUCUUCUUCUUCAUCCUCAUCCUCUUCUUCUUCUUCCUCUUCUUCAUCCUCAUCCUCUUCUUCCUCAUCCUCUUCUUCAUCAUCCUCUUCUUCUUCAUCCUCAUCUUCUUCUUCAUCCUCUUCUUCAUCCUCAUCCUCUUCUUCAUCCUCAUCCUCUUCUUCAUCCUCAUCCUCUUCUUCUUCUUCAUCCUCUUCUUCCUCUUCUUCUUCAUCCUCUUCUUCAUCCUCUUCCUCUUCUUCUUUUUCUUCUUUUUGUCUUCCUCUUGCAGGCCACUGCUCAUGCGCAGAUUUUUUAUCGGCUGUAAAAAUGAAGAUUCAGGAGCAGCAAAAUAACACAGAACUAAGACCACAAAGAAGCCUUGAUGUUGACGUUGGCCAGGAGGGCUUUGUCCCAGAGGUACCUCGCCUGGACCUCACCUCUCUUUGUGAUGACAACAAUUGGGAAGAACCAGCUCCAGUUCUAGCCUCUUGGGAUCGUGAUGGUGCAGAAUCAGAUGAAGCACGUCUGUCUCCUCAGGCCGGCCGCCUAAUUCGUCACCUUCUUGAAGCCGAUAGUGACCCUAUGUUAUCCCCUCGCUUUUACGCAUAUGGGCAUAGCCAGCAAUACUUGGAUGAUACAGAGGUGCCUCCAUCCCCUCCUAACUCACACUCUUUUAUGAGUAGACGCAGCUCUUCCCUAGGAUCACAUGAGGACGACAGGGAUGAGGACCUGACACCUGCACAGAUCACACGCAAAAUUCAAAGUCUAAAGAAGAAAAUCCGCAAGUUUGAGGAAAGGUUUGAAGAAGAACGGAAAUACAGGCCUUCAUAUCGUGACAAAGCUACAAAUCCAGAAGUUCUAAAAUGGAUGAAUGAGCUGACCAAGUUCCGGAAGCAGCUUAAAGAGUCAAAAAUCAAGCUGUCUGAAGAAGAUGUGGUUCCGCAGAUGAGACAGCGAAGCAAUACGCUCCCAAAAAGUUUUGGUUCCCAACUUGAGAGGGAGGAAGACAGAAAGGCAGAUGUAGAAAAGGCAGCCAAGCCUUCCAUAGAAGCAACAAUGGAAACCAUUCAGAAGAAGCUGCAGGAGAAGAGGGCUGAGGUCAACCGUCCAGAAGAUAUAAAGGAUAUGACCAGAGAUCAGAUUGCAGCCGAAAAAGUGUCCCUUCAGAAAGCCUUGCUGUACUAUGAAAGUGUUCACGGCAGACCAAUAACAAAGAGCGAGAGGCAGGUAAUGAAGCCGUUGUACGACCGAUACAGGCUGUUCAAGCAGAUUCUCUAUCGAGCAAAUACCAUACCAGUCAUUGGAUCCCCCUCGAGCAAGCGGAGAAGUCCUUUGCUGCAGCCAAUAAUCGAGGGUGAAACAGCAUCCUUCUUCAAGGAGGUAAACGAGGAAGAAGAAGGUUCUGAAGAUGAUGGCAAUGUAAACAAUGAUUUUGCAGUAACUAUGAAGCCAGGUUUCAGCGUACGAAGCUUCUUGGAUCAACUUGAGGAUGAAGCUGAUGGUUUUGUGUCUCCAGUUGAUGACAAAACCCCACCAAAGACUACUCAAGACCUUGGGCUGGGCAAUCUCCACUCUGCAUCUGUGCCAGAACUUAUAGAACAGCUACAAGAAGCAAGGGAAGAAAAAAAGAGGAUCAGGAAGAAACUGCGAGAUUUUGAAGACAACUUUUUUAGGCAAAAUGGAAGAAAUGUUCAAAAGGAAGACCGCUCUCCAAUGGCAGAAGAGUACAACGAGUAUAAACACAUGAAGGCCAAACUCCGGCUGUUGGAAGUCCUAAUAAGCAAACGAGGCUCCUCACAGACAGUGUAA